CAACCACCACCAUGGCAUCCUACACGAUCCUCGGCCGCGCCGUGAAGAACGAGUACCUCGCGAUCGGGACGCUGCUGGGCACCGCCGCACUCGCGCUCGGUGCGACGGGCGGGAAGAAGGACGCGCCCAAGGAUGUGAAGGAGGCGGUCAAGUUCGAGAGCAGCUCAAAAGAGGAAGCAGACUUCAUCAAGAAGUACAUCGAGGAGGCAGAGAAGGACGCGAAGCACUGAUUGUUGGCUCGCGUGCUGCUGCUUGUGUUCCACUGUAUUAGACGGAAUGGAUCCGCAUCACGAUGCUGAGAAUACACUGUUUUUUCUUUUCAAAA